CCCAAAUGCCCCCAAGACCAACCAAUAGGGCCUCAAUGACUGCUUGCCUCGGUGUAUGUUGAUGCGAGAAUCGUCGAUAUUUCCAUGGCGGAACUCCAUCACGAUGCAACCUGGCUUACGAGGAGCUUGAGGUCUAGGCGCCAAUUGAUUCUAUUCGUAUAAAGCAAGUUCUUCUCUAGGUGUAUAUAUAGACUUAGUUCCAGACCUGGUUCCUCAUAUACGUAAUCCCCAGGAAGCUACCGGUUCAGAAAGUAAUACUAAUCAUAAUUAUGUACCGUUCCAGUUUCUGGGUUGCUGCCUUGUCUGCCUUGGUCUUAGGAAGGCCGGUAGACGAGUGCUCGUCCAAGCCCGCGGCGUUCUUCCUUGCGGGCGAUUCCACGACGGCGCCGGACGGCGGAUGGGGAGAUGGCCUACUAUCCUUCCUUAAAAAGCCAGCUAUAGGUCUUAAUAUCGGGAAAAGUGGCGCCACGACUGCCUCCUUUAAGGCCGGGGGAUAUUGGGCCAACGUGACGCAACACCUAAAGGACAAUGCGAACAAAUACGAUACAUAUGUGACUAUAAGUUUCGGACAUAACGACCAGAAAUCGACGAGUGGCGUAACUUUCCAACAGUACCAGGAUAAUCUUAUCAAAUUUGCCAAUGAAGUCAAAUCACUGGGCGGUACACCGCUCCUAACUUCGUCUCUUACCCGCCGAGCAUUCCCGUCCGGCCAAGACCACAACGCCACAGACUCACUACACGACCAGCGACUAGCGGCCAUUGAAGCAGCAAAACAAACGAAGUCACCGAUAAUCGACCUCAACGAGGCGAGUCUGAAGUAUGUAAACGCCAUUGGGAAAAAGGCAGCAUAUGAGUACAAUUACGGCGACGACAAGAAAGACACGACCCACUUGAACCCUCAUGGAUCUGUUGUCUUUGGUAGGAUGGUAGCAGAUCUGAUUAUCCGCGAGAAUGCCUGCCUUGAGAAGUUCUUUACUCCUAACGAGACAUUAAGCACCGCGAUCUGGAAUAAUAAGCCUGCUUAAAGGGACAAGGAUGUUCAUAAUUUGGUUGUUGAAUUGUGGCUAUCCGACUUUUGUCAGUUAAUAGCCCUGUUGAUAGGCUAGGAAGACAUAACUACGCCACCGCAGAAUACAUCAGCAUAAUAUCAU